AUGCUGGUUGUGAGUAGUGUUGAUAAUGAACUUGGUUCUGAGGUCGGGCGCGAGAGCCGCUUUAAUGCCCAAGGAGCUUCUUUCGACCAGAGCACGACGCAAAAUAUGUAUGAUGGAGACCGGUCAUGGGCACAUUACUUGCUUGGCGCGGUGGACCCUCUUUUAAACAACCCUACCCCUCCAUAUCAGUUCGUUGCCCCGUCGGAAGUUGUUAAUAACAACUCUUUCCUCAACUCUUCCAAAACGGUGGACCCUCUUUCAAACAACCCUACCCCUCCAUAUCAGUUCGUUGCCCCGUCGGAAGUUGAUAAUAACGACUGCCCUCCUCUCCCCGACUCGUCCUUGCCCGUCCCUGCGAGCGGCUAUUUGAGCCCAGACUGCACUUCGGAUUCCACGCUUCCUAAGGGAUUGAAUAGGCACGAGCAGAAGAAACACGGUGCAGAGAAAAAGACCGGUGGUCGACCGCCGACUUGCUCGAGGAAACUUGACUGA